GGAUGAUCGUCAGCGGCAUCUCCCGCCUCUGCUCCUCGGCGCUGGAGCCCUUUGGGGAGCUGCAGCGGGAGGUGGAGAUCCACCGCACCUACGUCUCGCAGUCCGUGCACCUCUUCAUCCUCUACUUCUUCAACAUGGCCGUGCUGGCCACCUACCUCCCACAGGAGGCCCUCAAGCUCAUCCCGCUGCUCACCGGGCUCUUCGCCAUCUCCCGGUUGAUUUAUUGGCUGUCCUACGCCAUCGGCCGCUCCUUCCGCGCCUUCGCCUUCCUGCCGCUGCUGGCCAUGCUGCUCUGGAACCUCUACAGCAUGUUCGUGCUGGAGCCCGAAAACCUCCUCGCCCUGGCAGCAAUGAAGCCCGACAACCACCCCAAGGACAGCGGGGCCAAGCUGCGCUACUGGGGGUGA